UGAAUCCAUUGUUCUGUUCUGUGUCGGAGAUAAUGAGAGUCAAGAUCACAUGUUAUGCAUCUGUAUGGAAGAAUUCAACCAUUUUGACUUCGAGUUUGGGGAAAGCAUUGGUCCCCUCUGUGGAAACUAUUAGAAAAAUUAUGUACAAAGAGAAGAAUUUUAUUCAAGUUUUGCACAGAUGCGGCUGGAUACUCCCAAAGUACCAAAAAUUUGUUGGCAAUGUUACCUUGUUAGAGAGUUAUGGCAUUGUUGGAUCUCAGCUUUCUAUGUUACUCAAACGACAGUCAAGGCUUUUCGUUGCACCACAGUCUACUCUUAAAAAUUAUAUUUUGCGUGCUGUAGAUAUGGGUUUCAAUGAAAAUUCAAGAAUGUUGGUCCAUGCACUCCAUACAAUAAGUGGUUUGAGCAGUAAAACAUUUAGGAGAAAGCUGGAGCUAAUUCAGUCUUUUGGGUUCUCUAAAGAUGAGAGCCUGUAUAUGUUCAAAAGAUGUCCAAAUUUGCUUAGAACAUCAGAGAAGAAAUUAAAGGUUGGAAUGGAAUUCUUCUUGCAUACAGUUAUGCUGCCAAAGUCGGCCUUGGUUCAUCGGCCUAUGAUUUUAAUGUAUAGCAUCCAGGAUAGGGUGGUUCCUCGGUAUAAAGUUUUGCAGCUCUUAAUAUCAAAAAAUCUAUGUAAGAAGGUCCCAAGUUAUGUUUAUUUGUUAUGUUUGUCUGAGGAGAUGUUCUUGGACAAGUAUAUAUCACGGUUCAGAAAAAAUGCUGAGUCAUUACUGGUAGCUUAUAAGGGUCAUCAUCUGGAAGCAUAAUCAAGUUAUGUUUUUCAAUCUUCUUGACAGGAAGGUUUAGGCACUUUGAAGAUUACAACUUUGUCGGUGCUUGUGGAUUUUACCUCCUUCAGUCCUCUCCUCACCUUUCUACUUGCAAUAAGAUAUAGUUUUUGAUGGUAACAUCUCCUUUAGCUUUCUUCCAUUUUUUUCAUUUUGUUCUAAGCUUCCGAGUCUGAAAUACAAUAAGCCAUUAUUAAAGGUCAAAAUGACAGAAUGGUGACAAUGUCAAUAUAAUAUUGCUUGUUUUAGCAACAAAAACACAUAUCAAGAUGAUUUUGGACAACUUACUUAAAUAAUUUUCUAUUUGCCGUGUUCUAUGAAAGCCAACUAUUAGUAUUUAUGAGGUUUGCUCAUAAUGUUAUUAUCUGCUG